UUCAGGAGGAUAUGUCAUAUAUUUGUUAUAGGAUUGCUAGACGUUUUUACACCUGCAACAUCAAUAGAAAAUUUUAAUGAAGUGUAUCUUGUGACCAAUUUAAUGGGUGCUGACCUGAAUAACAUUGUGAAGUGCCAGAAGUUGACGGAUGACCACAUACAGUUUCUGAUCUAUCAGUUACUUCGAGGUCUUAAGUAUAUUCACUCAGCUGGAAUCAUCCACCGGGACCUGAAGCCCAGUAACCUAGCUGUCAAUGAAGACUGUGAAUUGAGGAUAUUAGACUUCGGUUUAGCUCGACAAACUGAUGAUGAAAUGACAGGAUAUGUUGCAACAAGAUGGUAUAGAGCUCCAGAAAUUAUGCUAAAUUGGAUGCACUACAAUCAAACAGUUGACAUCUGGUCGGUUGGAUGCAUCAUGGCAGAGCUAUUGAAAGGGAAGGCCCUAUUUCCAGGAAAUGAUUAUAUUGAUCAACUAAAGAGAAUAAUGGAAGUCGUGGGCACACCCAGCUCUGAACUUCUGAAGAAGAUCUCAUCAGAACAUGCAAGAAAAUACAUUGAAUCACUUCCACAUAUGCCUCAACAGGAUUUGAAAGCAGUAUUUCGUGGUGCCAAUCCAUUAGCUGUAGAUCUUCUUGAGAAGAUGCUGAUAUUAGACAGCGAUAAAAGAAUCACUGCCUCGGAAGCACUUGCACAUCCAUACUUUGUACAGUAUCACGAUCCGGACGAUGAACCUGAGGCCGAGCUGUACGAUGAGUCAAUAGAGAAUAAGGAGCGAACCAUAGACGAAUGGAAAGAACUCACCUAUGAAGAAGUGGUUAGCUUUAAACCCCCCGACUUAAAAAUGGAUAGCCUGGAGAUAGAACAGUGAAACAGGCAGCUCUGUCUUGCCUUGCUGCACUAUGAAGACUGUUAAAAUGUAACCAUACAAUUUAACCUGUGGUCAGGUGUAGAUUUUACUAUCCAAAGAUGCUGGAGAAGAUGUGGGAAAGCAGAUGCAUUAUACAGAAGCCAGAUGUUGUCUGUUUUGGGUGAGGGGUUUUUUGCCUUGUGAUAUGAAUGUAUUCCCAGCUCACAAAGAGUGAUAAAGAACUGCUUCAUUCUGACAAAAUUAUGCACUGAGUUCCUUCGAGCUGUGUGUUCUGCAUGUGUCAUUUUAUCAGUUGUAUUGCCAAAAUAAAGGUGACUUUUAAAAUUAAUUUUAAAACUGUACAUUUAAAGCAUGAAUGUAUACAAACAUAAACAUAGAAGUCCAUACAGGCAAUCC